UUUUCUCCAAUUUCUAGAAUUUUCUCCCUCAUCCCCAAAGCGAGGGGAGAUGACAUCUUGGCUUCUCUGAGCCACCCGUGCCCCACAACCAGCAGAGCCAUGGAUCUGGAAUACGAGCUGCCCAACGCCACCACCUUCUGGUUCUCUCCAGCUUCCCCAUUCGAUAACUUCUCAGUGGAUGCCCCCACCAAUGCAUCACAGAAUGCCACAGGCCAGCACUUUGACCUAACCAGCAACGCCAUCCUCACCUUCAUCUACUUUGUGGUCUGCAUCAUAGGGCUGUGCGGCAACACGCUGGUGAUUUACGUCAUCCUUCGUUAUGCCAAAAUGAAGACCAUCACCAACAUCUACAUCCUGAACCUGGCCAUUGCUGAUGAGCUGUUCAUGCUGGGACUGCCCUUCCUGGCCAUGCAGGUUGCGUUGGUACACUGGCCCUUUGGCAAAGCCAUCUGCAGGAUUGUCAUGACAGUGGAUGGGAUCAACCAGUUCACCAGCAUCUUCUGCUUGACAGUUAUGAGCGUUGACCGCUACCUGGCUGUUGUCCAUCCCAUUAAGUCUGCCAAGUGGAGACGGCCCAGGACAGCCAAAAUGAUCAACGUGGCCGUUUGGGGUGUCUCCCUGUUGGUGAUCAUGCCCAUCAUGAUUUAUGCUGGAGUGCAGCAGAAUCACGGCAGGAGUAGCUGCACCAUCAUCUGGCCGGGAGAAUCAGGUGCGUGGUACACGGGCUUCAUCAUCUACGCCUUCAUCCUGGGCUUCCUGGUGCCUCUCACCAUUAUCUGCCUUUGCUACUUGUUCAUCAUUAUCAAAGUCAAGUCCUCGGGCAUCAGGGUGGGCUCCUCCAAGAGGAAAAAGUCUGAGAAGAAAGUCACCAGGAUGGUCUCCAUCGUGGUUGCUGUCUUCAUCUUCUGCUGGCUCCCCUUCUACAUCUUCAACGUUUCCUCUGUCUCUGUCCUGAUCGUGCCCACACCCGUCCUCAAGGGCAUGUUCGACUUUGUCGUGGUCCUCAGUUAUGCCAACAGCUGUGCCAACCCCAUCCUUUAUGCCUUCUUGUCUGAUAACUUCAAGAAGAGCUUUCAGAACGUCCUCUGCUUGGUGAAGGUCAGCGGCAUGGACGAUGCGGACCGGAGUGACAGCAAGCAGGACAAAUCCAGGCUCAACGAGACCACAGAAACCCAAAGGACCCUGCUCAAUGGUGACCUGCAGACAAGCAUCUGAGAGGGCAGCGGGGUUGUCCUUCACUCGCUCUCCUCUCCCCACUUGCUCCCAAUGGCACUGGUAUGUAGGGAGUCGGGCAGGAGUGCCAGAGAUGCACACCCCAAUGGGCCGGGUGUCCUAAGCUGGGCUGGUUCCCAAGCUGCUGGUGGGUUGGCUUUCAAGCAUUGUGAAGGAUAUGGUUCAAGAGGAACUGCCUCACCAGGAGCACAGAGACUGUAGGAAUCCCCACGUGGCAGCGCACGUUUAAACACCAAAGUGCCGUUGUGGGCAACAGACAUUGCUGGGACAGCUCUGCUGGUUCUCCUGGUAUUACCUAUGGGGCUGACAUUGGCUUUGGGUGCUCUGCUCCGGAACGGUGUUCACGUCGAACUGAUGGAUGGAUGGAGAAUGUAGCCUGGCUGGGCUGGGACCUGAGUGCACAGGGGGUGGCUUCGGGAGGAACUGAGACCACAGGUGGUGCACGCACUGCCUGCAGAGCUGCAGAGCUGUGCCGACUGGGAGCCGAGACCUGCUGGGAGCUCCCUGGCAAGCACAAGCGUGUUCCUGCAGUCACGUCCUCCCCCUGGAGCCAAGGGGUUACAUUCAGCCCGACUUUGUAAGCUACUCAACUCUUCCCCCAAAGCCUCCCUACUGCUUCCUUUGCAGAGAGCUGUCCUGCAUGGAGGAGGCACGGCAGGACAGAGGCAGCCUCCCCGAGGACACAGCCCUCUCCAGCACUUUUGGGUCCCUCCCUGCUUCUGUUCUGCCUCCACCAGCCCUACAGCCUCCCUGCUGCAGGAGAGCCCCUGCCCUCCUCCCUCCUAUGAUAUCGCCUUCCCACAGAUUUUCUCUUCAGAUGGAGGUUUUUCCCCCUUUUUCCUUCUUUUCUUCUCAGAUCUGUUCACAUCAGCCUCUGGCUGAUCUCCCCAGUGAGCCAUGGCUGGGCUGGCUGAGCAGCCACUGCACAAUCCAGUAGGAAAUUCUUGGAAGCAUUUAUUUACUCAGCAGUAGCAUUGGGGUUUGGAGUACAGCUGUGCAGUUGCUGCUCAUCCUGCUGCUGACAGCCAGGUGAGAUGUGGGCUUGUCCUGUCCCUGCGGUGGCACAGAGGAUCACCAGGGUUGGAGCUGCCAUGAGCGAACAUCGCCUGCUUACCAAGAACACCUCCCUGCUCUGUCCAGGCAAGUCAAAAAAAGGAAGGAGUGAUGGAAAAGGUGGUUGACAGGAAGUUGGGGCACAAUGGGGCUUGACCCUCAUCUGAGCCAAAAGGACUGGGAGGAGCAGAGGACCCUGAGCUGAAGAAGGAGCCUUUGAGAUGCAUGGAGGAGAGUCCCCGGGCUGCCUCUGUGGGAUGGCUGCAGCUGCUCAUGUCUCCACGCUCUGUUGCUAACAGCAAGGCUGUGACCACUGCAAGCCACCCCUGUCACUGCUGGGGUGCACGUCCUGCAGGUAACUGCAGAGGGGGGACAGCAUUUUCCCCGGCGGCUUCCAGCACGAAGCCAAGAGGAAGAGCAGAGAAGAGCAUCCAGACCCCAGUGCCUCUCCUGUAGCCAACGUGGGUAAGGGGGACCCUGGGGUGCAAGUCAUGCAGUGAGGGGGGUGGUGGGUCUGGCCCAGCCACCGGGGGCACAGUAAACCAUGCCCACGGCAUAACCCCAGGAGCUGGUAUGCUCUGCUCAGACACCAAACGCAGCAAUUAGAGCCCAGUGGCUGCACUGCCCGCUGUGUUUAGCUGCUCAAGAAUGUCUUGCAGUGAUCUGCUGUGCCCCAACGUGCCUCAGCACUCAAACCCUGUACCAUGGUGUCCCUCCUUGGCAGCACUGUGUGAGCAGGAGGGGAAGCGCAGGGCAGAGCUUGUGCCUGUUUUCCUGUCCUUCUGCAGUGAUGCCCCCCCCACCAGCACAUCACCCCUGUCCUACUUUGCAACCCCAGCACCCCCACCAGUCCCAGAACCCCACAGGAGCUCAGUGCUGGGCUCAGUGCCUGCUCCCUGGCACAGUUCACUCAGACACCAACACCAGAACACCCCUCUGGGUACGGGGCUUAGGUUACUGGGGCAAAGUAGGGCACUGUCAGCAUUUAUUUGCUUUUAACCAUUUACCUCUGCGGGGGCUCAGCACUGAGCUGCUGGCAGCCACUUGCUGAGCGUGUCCUCACGACAGCUUCAUUAAGGGGUGUAAAUCCAAGGCGAGAGGCAGUGACGGCAGCGCAGGCUGCCUAUUGAUGCCGCAGGAAUUAAAACAAGAGCAGCUUGUCACAUUACCGUGAAAUAUUGGAGCGUGAUUGCCAGCCUGGUGCAGCCCUCUGCCAGGGUAAGGCUUCAGUGUCAGGGCUGCAGCGAUGCGUCAGCUGGGCUCCAGGUGCUUAAUAUCUGGUGGGUGGGAGAAGAGUUAUUUGUGUGGAAAGAGCCUGGGGCAGGAGAGGUGACAGGGAGGCAGGGGAGGGGGUAAGAGCCUGAUGUUCACAGCCCCCAGCAGGUGCUGCAGUGCUGCUGGCAGUGCUCCGUCCUGCCACCACCUCGCCAUGAUGCAGGGGAGCAUGGGGUGUUCCCAUUUCUGGCCGUGGGUAACUCUGCGUGCUGCUUUCAGGCUGGCUCAUCACUGCCUAAUAAACAGCAGCGCUGUUGCUGCUGUGAGUAACAAAGUUUUCCUUCUCAGCCACUUGAUUUUAGCUGGAACUUGACCUCAUAUCUGCUCAGAAAAGCCUCACAGGGCUGCCAGAGGCAUAAUGAGAUAUCUCUCCCAGUUCAUUUCAGAGCAAAUAGGAUGAUCUUGCAAGUACCAGAGCAGCUCUGCUGCCACUUCACAUGCAGACUAUUCCCAGGCAAGUAAGAUUAAUUACAACUCCUGCCUGCCCUGGCUGGAACAGAUUUAUUCCAAUUUGGAGGUGAUGGAAAGCAGAGUGCCCCGUGUCCUGUAGUACUAAUCUGCGUGCCAGCACCCGUGUGGUGACCCCACGCCCAUGAGAAACAAAUUGUCCUCAAUCCCAUCACUUGAUCCCACACACAGAUGAGGAACAUUGCAUCCUAGGACAGAGCCUGGCUCCUGGUGCUGUGCUGGCCGGUUCUGCCCAGUGCUUGGCAGCCAAAGCCUGCUGGGCAGUGAGAGGCUGGGUUCGGUCCUGCAGCCUUCUUACUGCAUCUCUACAGCUCCUAAUAUCAGCACCAAAGCUGCCUUGGACUUCUUUAAAAUAACAAUUUCCUAACAAACUGCACUGUCCUAUCUCUGGAGGGCUUCCCCAAGUCUCUGUCCCUUGUCCUCGAUGGAGGAUCCAAAGCCUCCCAGGCUCUGAAUCCACACCGCUGCUCAGAUCCAGGCUUGGUUCCCACGUCUCUCCCCUUCCCCUCAGCACCCUUGUUCCUGCUCAGCAGAUAGAAGAGUAGGAGCCAGCAUCAGACCGUUGCCUGCAGAGCCUUGCUUACACCCAGCUGGAGCAGUCCUAAGCAGCACAUGGCUCCAUGGUCACCAAGGGGCUAACAGGGAGCACACUGGGGACACUGACACAGCACUAGCUCCCCAAAACAGCUUCAGAAAGAUGCAAGAGCUGAGCCCCUGGGACCGCAAUAUAAGGGCACUGGGGCUCUGCAGUGCCAGUGUUGUUUGUGCUGGGAGUACUGGGGUGCAUAGCCUGAGAGCUGCAGCUUGUGCUGUGCUCCUGGGGUUGUUUCAGCCCUUGCUAUGAACAAGCUGAUUUCCAACCUCUCAGGGAGAACCUGCAUCCUCCUGGUCCCAGGAGCCCAGGCCAGGGCUGUACAGAGGGGAGAUCAUCAUCAAGGCACAGGCAAAGAGUGCAGCAGACCUCAAAGUCGACCUUGCCAUCACUACAUCUGAAAAGCAAACUGCUGCUUUCUGGCCUGAGGACACAUCUACCCUUUCCUGUCAGCCCGCAACCCCAGCUGCACACUCCUCGUGUCAGAUUUCAUCUUGCUGUUUGCUCCGGGACAGCAAAACCCAGGAGCAUCGAGGACAUGGCUCCAGCUGGGAUCAGGGGAGCCAGUCUGGAUCUGUGCCCUGACCAGAAGGAGACAAGGGACGCAAAGCCCAAGUACCCCACACUGUACUGCAUGGUCAGGAGGGAAGGGGUGGGUGGUUGUACAUAUGUAUAUAUAGCAGACAUGCCAGCAGAAGGUUUUAUUAUCCCUGAUGCUGUAGAGACACUCUGCACCGUGUGUUUUGCUGUGCACCCCACAAGCAGCGUGCAGAGCAGUCAGACCCAACUCUUUGGGUGCCCUUCAUUACCCAUGUGGGGCUGGCUGUGGCGUGCACGAGCCUGGAAGCAACUGCUGUGCUGACAAGCAACAAAAGCACUUGAGCAGGGCAAGGGGAGACAAGCUUAGGCUGCUGCUAAGCGCUGAGUCCUUCCUAGCCAAGCUGGUGUUCCUCAAGCAGCACUGUGCCAUGUUCCCAUGUUCUGUACAUACACCCCUCUGUAUCUGUAUCUGUGCUCUGUAUAGUGUGUGUGGGUCUGGUGUAAGACAUUGUGACUGGAACAUGAUGGAAAGCAUUUCUGCCUGAA